AUGAAAUUUUGUAAUGGGCUGUCAAUUUCGGAGGUGAAUUCACUGAAAAAUGAUGAAUUAGAUGCAAUGGUGAAAAGGGUCUGUGGAGGAAAGAUCAGUGAUUGCCUAGAAAGGGCAGUGGAUGAAGAGGAUCAGAUGAAUUCUGAGAGUAAUAGGAGGGUUUUGGUGUUUCAGAAAAGGUAUAUAAGUUAUGAUACCUUGAAGAGGGAUACUGUGCCAUGUUCAAAGCCUGGGGCUUCAUAUUAUAACUGUAAAGAUGCUGCUACAGGAGAAUUCAAUAAAUUGCUGCAGAAACACAAGGUAGGCCCGAGAAAGUCAAGUAGAAGCUAA